AUGCGCAAUCGCCUAGCUGACCUUUGGACUUACUGUCUGAAGAGGGUAACCAGCACAUGCAAAUUCAUUUAUUGGUCUGGAAACACCAUUGAUGGCUCAAAGGUGCAGACAACUCUUGGAGAAGGGUCAUGGGUGCCAACUGUGAACUCAUUUGUAGAAAAACUCGGACCCCUAGGUUUUGACACCUUUCGCAUGCUAGUUGUCGACUUUAUGCACAAAUGUGAGCUAGGUACAUGGAAGGCUCUGUUUAUACACCUCAUCCGUCUACUCCAUGUGAUUCCAAGUGGUGACCACCUGGUUGCAACUCUCAACAACAGAUUUCGUUGUGUCCUGUCGUAUGGCAAUGGAGUCAUAUGCAAAUUUGCUAAUAACACCUCCGAGAUGAAAAGACUUGCAGUGCGAGAUUUUGAAGACAUAUUGCAGGUUCAUUUUGUAGGUCAAAUUGCUGUUAUGCAUAAUUGA